GCCAUCUCAUCUGUUAUAAAGAGAAGAGACUCCUUGAUCUCUGUCUUCACCACCGGACACUGGUAGUGUAGCGUACUGUUUUAAUGUCGUAAAAUGGCGCGUGCGCAACUCACACCAACAUUUGACUCGCAUCGGCAGCAGCGACAACCGUCAGCAUGUCAGUAAAGUGAAUUCGUACCAUUACCAUAGACAUGAAGUUUGUAUGAAUCUGAACAGUCUUAUAUUUUCGCAUCGGCAAGCAAUUGGGGCAGGUAGCUGGUUAGACUAGCUCGCUGGCUAAAAAUAUUUAGCAACUCAACGUCACGUACAAUAACUCUGCUAAACGAAGGAUUUAAAAGUGUCGUAGAUGAAGGCCUUUCUUCGUACUGUUUACAUGGGCUAACAAAUGUGGGGACGAAUAUUGCUGUGCCCCGCUAUUGGAGUACGUGUUUUGAGUCGAAGACAUCUCUUCACUAUGCAGUUGAAAACGAAGGACUUUCAGUCACUAUUUACAGAUGGACUGAAUGGUAUUGCAGGUCUGUUUGAGAAGAACCAGUUUGAGUUGAGGAUCGCUGGAGGAGCAGUACGAGAUCUUCUCUCUGGGAAGCGACCGGAGGAUGUGGACUUUGCCACAACCGCCACCCCAGAGGAGAUGAAGAAAAUGUUCCAAGCUGCAGGAAUACGUAUGAUCAAUAACAAAGGCGAGACGCAUGGCACCAUCACAGCCCGACUGCACAAUGAGAACUUUGAGGUGACCACUCUGCGUGUGGAUGUUCAGACGGAUGGACGACAUGCAGAUGUGGAGUUCACCACAGACUGGCAGGUGGAUGCUGAGCGCAGAGACCUCACCAUCAACUCCAUGUUUUUAGGACUGGAUGGCACACUGUAUGACUACUUCAGUGGAUAUAAGGACCUCCAGAACCGAAAAGUACGGUUUGUUGGCAGUGCUUCCCUCAGGAUACAGGAGGACUACUUGCGAAUUUUGCGAUAUUUCAGGUUCUAUGGGAGGGUGGCCUCUGAGCCAGGAGAGCAUGAUCCCGAGACCCUUGAAGCCAUCAGGGACAACGCCCGUGGCCUGGCAUCCAUAUCUGGAGAGCGUAUCUGGGUAGAGCUGAAGAAGAUGAUGACAGGAAAUCACGCUGCACACUUAGUAGAACUCAUCUAUGAGCUGGAGCUGGCACAGUACAUGGGUUUGCCACCAGAGGGCAAUGUUGAGGAGAUGAAACGAGUAUGGCACUGUGCUCAAAGCUUGUCUCCAAAGCCUAUGACUUUUCUCUCAGCGUUGUUGCGCAGCAUGGACGACGUGGACAAGCUGGACCUGCGGCUCCGGAUCUCCAAAGAGGAGAAGACGCUGGGCCUCUUCCUGGUCAAACACAGGCGGGACCUCGUCAAGGGUCAAGAUGACGACAACCGGCUCAGGCCUUACACAGAUUUAAUCAUUGACAGCCGGGAGGUGGAUAUUCAGAAUAAAAUCUGUGAGCUGCUCAAGUACCAGGGCGAGGAGAAACUUCUUGCCGAGAUGACGAGCUGGUCCAUCCCUCGCUUCCCCGUCAGUGGGCAUGACCUGAGGAAGAUGGGCAUCACGUCAGGCAAGGAGAUUGGCACCACCUUGCAGGGCCUACGUGACACGUGGAAGAAGAGUCGCUACCAGAUGGACAAAGAGGAGCUCCUCAGUACACUCAACUAGUCCUGAAAACAGAAUUGUGGGAUGGGGAGCGCUAAGGAGUUGGCUGGUUUCAGAGCAUACACACACACACACACAUCCACAUCCACAUCCCGAAUCCACAAGUAACUUUUUUUUCUUAAAGACAUUUUUGUUGGGAUUUUGUUGGCGUGCUGUCAACAAGUGCUGUGUGGAUUAUGGAUAUGAGUAAUAUGGCGAGCUGCAGCUGUGGUAUUUACAAUUUGCAUGGAUAAUUUGAGUUCUUUUGUAUUUUCAAAGGCCAUGGAUACUGGAAAGAAGGUGGCUAUUAGAGCUGAUUUGCUUCCCGUGUGGAUAGACUGCAUCAUUUUGUGUUGCCUGUGUUCUGGAGUGAUAACUUAUUGAUGAGGUACAGACCAUUGAGAAUAAUUUGGCAUUGUUCAGAUGUUCUUGCUAUGCAUCAUUGGCGGUUCUGUGGUACCGGUCCUAUGUACUCUUUUCUGCCAAUAAACAAUUUCCACUGCUGUCCACAGUAGAGGCA